GGUUCACUGGGAGAAUUACAGAUGGCGUAGAGCAAAAUUGUACUCUCACGAUUAUGAGCAUGAGCUCCCUGCGCGAGAUGAUUACUGAUGAUCACAGGGCUGUCCUGCUCCAGUCCCUUCCCCUCGAGCAGAUCCGACUCUGCCUUCGUUCGCGCGGGCGAGGGUCACGGGUUCCUCUCUCGCCAUUGUCCAUUUGAAGGCCGGGCCACGAGCAGAGCAUUGCAUCGCAUUGCAUUGCAGGGGAGGGUGGGGCUCAUUCGCGUUUCGAUUUCGAUUCUCUGUCGCAGCCGCUCGUCCCUUGCGGUCGAAGAUGUUGGAUACGAAAGUGGCGGACGGAGUGGCUUCGAGAUGGGGGUUGCAUCACAAAUCAGCCCUCGUCACGGGAGGCACCAAGGGAAUCGGGAAGGCCGUGGUGGAUGAGCUUCUGGGCCUAGGAGCAUCAGUGUUCGUCUGUGCGCGUUCAGAAGAAGGCUUGCAGGACUCUCUGAAAGAAUGGAAGGCGGCUGGACUGCCUGUUCAAGGCGCUACAUGUGAUGUCUCAUCAGCUGAAUCUCGACAAGGUCUCAUGGAGAAAGUCAGUGAGGCCUUCAAUGGCAAGCUGGACAUUUUGGUGAACAAUGCUGGCACCAACCGCAGAAAAGCCAUGACGGACUUUACAACUGAGGAUUAUCAAGUGAUCAUGAAUACGAACCUCGAGUCCGCUUUCCACCUCAGUCAACUAGCUCUCCCCCUGUUGAAGAAUUCCGGGAACGCUUGCAUCGUCAAUGUUUCGUCGGUAGCUGGCAUCAUAGCAAUCAACUCUGGCUGUAUCUACGCAAUGACGAAAGCUGCUAUGAAUCAGUUGACGAAAAGCUUGUGCUGUGAGUGGGCCAAAUUCGGUAUUCGCGUGAAUUCUGUAUCGCCGUGGUACAUCAAAACUCCUCUGGCUAAUCAGGUGUUGCAGAACGAAGCUUUCGCCGCUGAUGUCCUGAGCAGGACUCCAAUGCGGCGAGUCGGAGAACCUCACGAGGUUGCCAGCGCCGUGGCGUUUCUGUGCUUGCCAGCCAGCGCCUACAUCACAGGCCAGAAUAUCACCAUCGACGGAGGCUUCACAGUCGCUGGUUUCUUCCCGCUCCAGGACUGAUCGAUCUCUCGUGCAAAUUGCCACUCAACCACCAUCACCACCAACCAACCAAUUAGCCAGCCAGCCACAUAUUCAUCGAUCUGACAAUCUCUCCCGCAUACAGAAGGCCGGACUAACUCGAACCAUAAAGUGAACAGAAUCCAAGCAAGUGAUUUGCAUGAACAUCGGGACGUAUCAUGGAGGCAUGGAGGUGCAAUCUGUCCCGAACGAUGGACAUGCAGCUUUGAUUACUCUGUGUUCCCGUUUCGGUAAACCUGAUAGGAUUCUCCCGAUAGCAGUGGCAGCACCUUUUUAGUCUUGCUUUCAACUUCACGACACCUCGUGGUGUCAGCUCAAAUGGCAACCUACUGAACAUGCUGGCAUAAAACAGAAGGUGCACUGUAAAUGAAGAUUCAAGCAUGAAUACAAAGUCCACUUGUACGU